AUGAUGCGGUUGGCCAUUACGUGGAAUGCACUUUGGUUGAUGUUUGACACGCUGGCAACAUCCACACACCGAGUACGAACCGGCUUUGGAGAUUCCGAAGCAAGCUUCCGACCACCGUCCAUGAUUCCUUUCCAAGGGUGCGGACAAGGCAACGGGGCUGGUCCCCCCAUCUGGGUCUCGGUCAGCUCUAUUAUUAUUCAAAUGAUGGUGGCAAUGGGUUUUGGCUUUGAGUGUCUUACGACGAUCAACUCCCACUUGGUCACAGCUCAGUGCUUCUGUUUUGUGGACGACACGGACGUUAUUGAGGCGGGGGCGUCGGUCAAUCACUCUGGCGAGGACAUCUGCCAAUCGGUCCAGUCGGCUGCGUCCAUGUGGGCUGGAGGAAUUAGUGCUACGGGCGGAGCGAUCAAUCCGGAGAAGUCCUUUUGGUGGUUGAUCGACUUUGCUUGGGAUGGCAGGAAGGGACAAUGGACAUUCAGGAGGAAGAAUCAGUUGUUGCCGGACCACCGGCUACAGAUUUCGGGCUUGUCUGGCAAGUUGGAAUCUCUUUGUCGCCUUGAGCCGGGGGAGGCAGAAAAGACAUUGGGAGUAAUGCUCGCGCCACUCGAGGACCAGAAGGCUCAUGUCACACAUCUGAAGGGUAUUGCCAAAAGGUGGGCUGAACAAGUUCGGUCUGGUCACCUUCACAAAUACGAUGUGAUCCCCUUGAUCAAGUCCACUGUUAUGAAGUCACUAGAAUAUCCAAUGACGCUAUUGACACUGGAGGCCGCAACAUGGGUGGAUAUUAUGAGCCCGGUUCUACAGGUCUGCCUGCCGAAAGCCGGCAUCUGCAGAAGUUUUCCGCCUGAUAUGGUGUUGGCUCCAUUGAAGUUCCAAGGCCUGGGCAUCCCACAUCCGUUCGGCUCACAGGUUUCCAAGCAUAUCGAAACUCUCCUCCGUCAUUCGACCAACAAGACAAAAACCGGAGCCUACCUGGAAGCCGCUUUGCAAGAACACCAGCUCGAAACGGGCACUUCGUUCGGUAUCUUUCAGCAGGAUUAUUGCAACACUGCCGUCUUGGCUUCCGAUACAUGGAUAAAGCGAGUCUGGAAAGAACUGGAGAACAUGGACAUCUAUGUGGCCUUUAAUUCUCCGGCCUUACCACUAUAA